GGGAAAGGGAGCGACCCACUGCCCGAGUGCCUGUGUCCCGUCCUCCUGGCAGCAGGGCAGCCUGGAUUGCAAUGACCGCCGCAGCCUCUGCCAGCGGCACCCACAAGCUGGCCAGCACCAAGGAGGAGAGAAAGUUAAGGAAACCACUCAUUGAGCGGAAGCGAAGGGAAAGGAUUAAUAACUGCUUGGACCAGCUGAAGGAGACUGUUGUGGGCGCAUUUCAUCUGGAUCAGUCUAAACUAGAAAAAGCAGACAUCCUUGAAAUGACGGUGAAGCACCUCCAGAACAUCCAGAGCAGCAAGCUGAUGGCCGACUCCAAAGUGGGGCUGGAAGCCCAGCAGCGGUACAGCACCGGGUACAUCCAGUGCAUGCAUGAGGUGCACAACCUCCUCCUCACCUGUGAGUGGAUGGACAAGACCCUCGGGGCACGCCUGCUGAACCACCUGCUGAAAUCCUUACCCAGGUCUGGCGAAGACACCUGCAAAGCAGCAUUAAGGUCUUCGAGCCCAUCUCAGCAGCCUCUCCUCAUGCCAAAAAGCUCACUGAGCUCUAAGGGGAGCACUCGGGGCACAAACCCAUCACAGGAGCGCUUCUACCCUGCAGAGAACAAGCAAGCUUCAAAAAAUUCCUUCCAGCUGCCAUCACUGUCGGUUUUCAGCCAGGUUGAUGCUGCACCUCCCAGACAGGUCCUGCAGCCAAAUUUUUCCCAUAACAACCCUAGAAUGGGGUCAUUAGAUAUGUGGAGGCCAUGGUAAAUUGCGUUAUAAAAUGUUUUUCCUAACCUUAGACACUCUUAUGUAUGUAUCUUAUAGAUAUGUUUCUUUAAAACACUUGUGGAGCAAGUCUGCUCCUGUAGGUGUACUAAAGACCAGGGUACUUCAAGCCGAAGUAAACCUAUGUGUAGCCUGCAUUGUAGAAGGCUGCUAUUAUUUUUUUAUUUAUUUAAUCAUCUAAAUUAUUGUAUAGAAUUCUCUCAUCCUCUUUAGUGUAUAUUAAUUACAUAGCUUUCUUGUCUUACAUUCUUAAAAUAAUUGACUUCCUAUUAAUAAAAAUACAAGCCAACAAGCAAGGACCCUCCCUGGCAUCAAGCUUACCUUUCAGAUCUCACAUAAGCCCCUGAGAUGACCUCAUUGCGUAACAGGGUAAAUGGCCAAUCUCUUCUGCUUUUUAUUAUUAACCCUGUGCAGCUGUAGGAGAUUCCAGUUCUAAUUGCUGUAGAAAUGCUGCAGUGAUUAGAAAAAAAAAAAAAAGAGAGAGAGAAAGAAAGGGAGAGACCUGGUUUGGACUUCUUAGGCUGUGUAGAAAUGCUCUCUGUGUCGCUCACUCUGGCCGUGCUGUUCCCAGCCACCCGGACAUCCUGACAUUACUGUUCAAUUAGCGAGCUACGUGUAUAUAUAUGUUACAUAGAGUUAUACUUAGGGACUCGUUUUUUGUUUCCAUAACUAAAAGUUCUAAAUAAACUUUUGGAAGAUAA